AUGGCAAGCGAUACUAUCGAGUCCGUGAAGACACGGCUUAUGGAGACCGUAGCGCCACGUCAAGAAUUGCCGCAUGCAAAGAUCACAGUUGUGGGAGCUGGUCAGGUCGGCAUGGCGUGUGCCUUCAGCAUCAUGCUACAGGUAUUAUCAUUGGUUGAGCUGUGCUUGAUUGACGUGGAUGAGAACAAACUGAAGGGGAAAAUGCUUGACCUGCAACAUGGACUCGCAUUUAUGAAAAAGAUAACCAUCAAGGCUGACUACAAGAUAACAGCUGGUUCGCAGAUUUGCAUAUUCACAGCGGGGGCCCGUCGCAUGCAGUCAGACCUGCUUCAGAAGAACGUCGAUAUUCUGAAGGAUGUGAUUCCCGCACUGGUCGCGCACAGCCCCGACACCAUUCUACUCAUCGUUUCGAACCCGGUAGAGGUCCUCACCUAUGCUGCAUGGAAAAUCAGCGGGCUGCCUAGGAAUCGCGUGCUCGGAAGCGGGACAAAUCUGGAUACUUCCCGUUUCCGGUUCCUUAUGGGAGAGAGGCUGGGAAUAGCGCCGUCUAGCUGUCAUGGAUGGGUGAUCGGAGAGCAUGGAGACUCCAGCGUUGCUGUGUGGAGUGGCGUUAACGUAGCCGGAUCUAGACUCAUGGAUAUUAACUCGGCUAUCGGAACCGAGUCCGACCCAGAAGAUUGGGGUUCACUUCAUACGCAAGUUAAAGACAGUGCGCAAGAAGUUGUCAAGCUGAAAGGCUACACGUCAUGGGCAAUUGGGGUUAGUGUGUCAACGCUGUGUUCGUCAGUGCCUAGCACGCACAUCCGCCACGACGUGGCCGCCGUCUCAGUGUUUGCCCAGGGAAUUCAUGGGAUCGAGAACCUGUGCUUGAGCCUGCCCUGCGUUCUGGGAGAGAAUGAGUAACGGAAAUCAUGUGUUGCAGCGGUUGAACGAAAGACGAGCUGGAGAAACUACGCGAGAAUGCGAGCGUUAUCGCGAAACUGAUCGAAUCUAUCGAGUUUUAAGGGACUGUUCGGGAUGCCGUGACCUAAAACGAUCUCAACGCACUGAAUUGUAGGCGCAACACGGAUUUGCACUCUGCUAGUAGUCUUCAUAACUCUGUGUAGAUUUAAUUGAAUAGACAUCGUUUUCAUUCAGUUGCGCAGACGCCUAUAAAUGUUCAUACAUCAUGUUUCACCGCAUUAUAUACUUUAAAUUGCUGUUUGCCUUGUGUUAUUUGAGAGGAUGCUCGUACUCCAGAUAGUUCCUCGUACAAUGUAAGAUGCUAUGUAAUGAGACAAAAUACAUUAUCCAAUAGCUGUACGUUUACUCGGCCAACAAUUAGAAAUGUGCAAUGUCAGUAAUGAAAAUGUUUCAACGAAAAGAGUUUAAUUGAGUUGUUAGAGCUAUAGAAUAAUUUCACGAAUGUGUAUGGCAAACACACAAAGUACUUACGCAUGCACGCAUGUACGCACACGCGCACGCACGCCUACAGACGUGGUACCGCAACUUUCUAGUCUUCCCUCGCAGUCAAUGUACUAGGCGCAAGUAGUAAACACCAAGGUUAAAAACAGCUUUAGAAAAUGCUUCUUACUGGAUUUCACUUAUUUGGCUGUACUCUUCCUGACUGUGCCAAUACUCGUAUAGGCCUAUAUGUCGCGUGCAGGCCGUAUGUUAACUGGUGACGUAGCCGCACCAGAUGAGACGUGCAGUGGUAAUUCAGAUCCGCCCGUACGUUGACUGUUAAGAGCUCGAACUUUGUUAUGCGUAUUAUAUAUAUAUUACAACGUACGAAUGCUAAUAUGAAUCAAUCUGAUAUUGAAUAAUAAUGCAUAUCUGCGCGAUGAGUGAUAUACCCGAAUGAUGGUGCGUGAUCCGUGUAAUUUAUUUGUUGUGACGUGUACGACGAAAACAGGAAAUAUGGCAUUUUCACUCACUCCGAGUUUUGUGGAAGGUAUUAUUAUUAGGAACUAACCAGUUUUUUCGUUCGAAACCCGACGCUCGCUACUGGAUAGAGUAUGCAGUGUUGCAGACCACAAAUCGAGAUGCUACCUAGUUACCGUACGGUAACUAUAUAAUUAUAUUAUUAUACUCUUGAAAUUCUCCGUGCACAUUGUGACAUAUUGCUGCAGCUAAAUGCGCCUGCCCGCAUUGGUGCUUAUUAUAAUGGUUAUGUAGUUUAUGUGGAAUUCUACGUCAGUUUGAAAAAUAAUAAAUAAACUCGUUAUUUAUUAGCC